UUUUGUAAGAAAACAACAUUUGAAUUUAAAUUUGUUUGUUAUAGAUCAUCAUUAUAGAUCACAAGAAUAAUUAUUUUAAUUUUAAGUUAGAUUAAACAAAACCAGCUCUUCAAACAUCUUAUCACUCAUUUUCCUUCGAUGAGGCCGCAUGAUCAUACCCCCAUAAGAAAAAAGUCGUUCCACAGAGGCAGAGCUCGGCAAACAAGUGUAUUUUAUUUUUUAUUUUUUUAUUGUAGUGUAAGUAUUUAAGCUCUUUAGGCUUAUGUCUUUAUUAUUAAGGUAUUGCAAUGUUUCUAAGUCAGCAGCGCUGGCAGGAGACCCCGUGUUUUCGCCACUUGCAAUAGAGGAAUCAGAAUCCUCUAAGAAGAUGUAAUAAGAUUCAUCCUUUCACUUAUUUAAUAUCACCUUCUACAUUGUCCAAAGCCUCAGAUUCUUGUUUUUUCAGAUCAAUUUAUUUUUCGUGUUUCAGUCAGUAUAAGUUCUUUUACAUAUUCUUUACGCUCUUUUGGUACCCACUUCAUUUUAAAAAAACGGAUCGGAUCGAAAGGAAGUAUAUAGUAUAGAAAUAGAUAAAGUAGCUGAAUAAAAUAAAGCUUACGUUUCCAUAUUUACGAUCUCCAAUUUCACAAAAGUAAACGAAAAAUAACUGAUUUCAAAUCAAUCAUAACUAUUCAUAACAGCCGGUGAAAUUUGUAGAAAGAAAGAGUCGUUAUCUAUUAAUUUUUCCUCAAGUAUAGUGUCCAAGAACGGCUCGGUCAGUUCUACGCAUUUAUUUUAUAAACGACACCAAAUAAUCUCUACUUUUUCUAAAGUAUUUUAUCAGAAAAAGUAUUUAUAAAAUACUAAGAUACUAAACAAAAGUAUUUAAAUACAAGAUACAAAAUCCUUUCUAAAAAAGUAUUUUAGAUACAAGAUGAAAAUACGUAUUUUGUAUCUUGUAUCUGUAUUUCAAAUACUUGUAUCUUAGAUAAGUCACAUCACUGUAUCUUAAGCAUAGGCAGAGGUAUCAGCGCACCCAAUAUUCGCCAAAUGUGUUCCGUCCCAUGAUGUGAUGAGCCUAUCGCCAUAAUACCGAGCAGAAAAAUCCAGAAUUAAAAUUUUGAAUGCUCCAUUAUCGCUAAAUUUUAGUGAUAUUUAUUUCAAUCAGUUAAAGUAAUAUAAGUUUAUAUUUAUCAUUGACUGAAUAUAAACAUUGUUCUUAUCCUUGUACACCUAAUUGCCCCAUUUUACGUACUACAUAGUACAUACAUCUUUAUUAAAAAAAAACGAGUAGAAAAUAUUCCAGAUACUGAGAUUUACUUAACACAAAUUCAAUGAAAUAUACAAUCUAUUUAUAUAAAUUUUGUAUAAUUUGAGGUUUUUAAUAUGACCUGUAAAAUUUUUUAUAAAUGUUUAUUUUAUUUGUUUGUAAAUAUGGCUCGUGCCCAGCUAUGGGACAGUAAUAUAGGGGUGACAUUAUUUUUAUCUUUUAUCUAUAUAAUAAAAGUAAAUAUAUAUUUCACAGCGAUUUUUAUGUAUUCAUUACUUUAGACCAGCGGGCAAUUAGUGCCUCCCGGACGAAGCCAUGGCGGGACGCUAGUUAUUUUAAAAUAUGCGUUCCAAUUUUUUCAGAUAUUUUAUUUGCAAUCUUCGAACCAAUUAAUCGACCAGGAACUCUUUUAUGAGUAAAUUAAACUUGCUUUACCGUAUUUCGGAAGAUAAAUAUUAUCCAUAUUGCUUUAAGCCUUAUAUGACUGCUUGGUGUCCUAUGAAACAAGUAAUAUAUUAUAAUUAUCUUUAUAUAUAAUAGUAGAAGUAAUUAUAACUAUCUUUAUUAUAUCACAAUCUCACAAAUCGCUCACCAAAUUGCAAGCAUUACGACUGUCCAGAAACAGUACCACAUAAAAAAUAAUAAUAAUAAUACUGCUUUGAAAUAUAAACAUUUGCAUGGUAGAGGCACGAGUGGUGAGCACACUUGUGAUUAGUCAGUUUGACUUCUAUGGCGGACUUUUAUCCGAGAUUGCUUGAGCCACGAGCAAAAGUGAACUCUAAAUAUAAUAGUAAUUGAAGCAAUUAUUUUUCGCAUCAAUAUCCCGUCACUCUUUUAAUUGCAAAAUUUUAACUAGUAGAUGUAUAAUAAUUAUUUUUAACUCAAUUUGGCCAAUUUUUAUUAAAAUAAGGAAGAAUAUAGUAAGUAAUAUUACAUCACAAUGUCACCACACAAUAAAGAUUAGAUCUACGAGGGAGCUAUUGAUUGAAUUCAAAAGUAUUUUCUGAUUAAAGUAAUCCACAUUAUGCGUUAUUUAAUUAAAUCAUCCAGCCCUAUAAUGCAAUCACAUUAAAAAGUUUUUUAGGUCUUUAGCAUCGAAAAAAUAUACAUAUCGCAAAUGGGAACACUGUUUUGAAAGCGCAUGAACAUUUUUUUCGUACAUUUGUGCAUUUAUUUAUCUAGCUUAACUAGCCCUUUUAAUUAGUCACCGACUUCAAAAUUGGUAACCAGUAGGUAAUGUUAUUUUUUUUCUUGUUAGUGGUUUUUGAAGGCUAUAUAAUCUUUUUUAAGUCUUUUAGGAACUGAUGAGGCUGAUAUAGAGUAUAUUAUAGGAUAAGGCGUUUGUUGCUCUGUCUCUGUACUUAUUUCAAAAUUGGUAAUAAUUGGUAUUAGAGAUAAGCCGUUGAAAUGGUAUCAGUUACCUAACUGACCGCAUGUAGUGCGUAAAUACAGGUGAAUAUCUCGAUGAUUAUCAACAAGCAGAACACAGUGUAACAGGGUAAACUCGAUCCUACGCUUUUCUUAAUAAAAGAUCUUAAUGUAAUAUGCACAAUUGAACUAGAGCAUAGUAAACUUCUGGCAUUUGAAGAUACGGCAUCAAUCAUUACGGGGCGUACAUGGAAAAAAACUUUUAAUGCUGCACAGAUUAAUUUUAAUAAAUUAAUGCAUUAGCUAGAUGUUAAUUUUUUUUUAUAAGCGCAAGCCAAAGCGACCCCACUGCACCUGAUGGUAAGUGGGUCUAAUAGAAUGUCGACUAACGAGAGAUUAUUUUCCCAUGACACUCGAUACAAUCACGCCGGCCUGUUGGAGCCGGAUAUACACAGACUGAUCCCGGAAUGCGUCACACUUACGUGGGCCACUAUGGCGGGUUUUAACAAAUUGUGUACGAUGGUUUUCUGGACAGAGAUAAACUAUAUCUCACCGCCAACAAAUGCAUUUAAAACAUCUUGCGGAGCCUAAGGUACUAAAAACAUUUUAUUUAUGGUCUUUGUCAAUCCUUGAUAAUAUACAGCAUUUCUUCAUUGAGAAUUGCAUCCAACACUCAUCUAAUACAAUUGAAUGAAUUAAUAAAGAGCUUAAAUAAUUUUUGUUAGGGGUAAAGAUUUAGAAAUUUAUUUGACAGGGUCUCAAACGACACGUAAUUUCGCAAAGGGUUAAUUUAAUGCAGAUGCACGUUUAUGUAUAUAUUAUACAGCCAAUGUUAACAUAUCAAAAUAAUAAAUUAAAGAUAAGAUUACCAGUUAUAUUUUAUUUCUUAUACGUAAACCAUACAUUAGCAAUCCAUUUGAUAGGUCUAUUUAAAUACUCUGACAAAUGUGUUUUGGUAUUUCUUCAAUGGAAAAGUUACUAGUUUUGUAAUAGAAGUGUGCCUGUGCUCAAACUUUGUGAUCCGAAUGAAAUGAAGUUAUAUUUGAGAAGACAGUUAUUAAUAUCAUCAUGCAUAUACUUGGGCCAGAGUCUUUGCGGGUACAUCGGAGGGUGGACAGCGCCUAUAAUACCCAAAUAUCAGGACCCAAAUCAAACCCCCUUAUCUGACGUCAUCACAGACGAGCAAGCGUCUUUAGUUGGCUCGUUUGUAUACCUUGGAGUUUUAUUGAGUUCCCUUCUUUCGGGAUAUCUUGCGAAUAAAAAGGGAAGGAAGCUAUGUCUCAUGCUGGGAGGAUUUAUUGGCUUUCUAGGACAACUGCUAAUUCUUCUAUCAGUCAAUUUGCCAAUGCUCGUAGCUGCUAGGACGAUAGCUGGUUUCGGCGUUGGACUUAUUUUUAAUCUAAACCUUGUAUAUCUAGCAGAAAUAGCGUCAACCAAUAUUCGAGGAUCUCUCCUGACUGGGACAGGGUUCUUCAUGUCCUUUGGGACCCUCCUGGUUUAUUCUGUAGGACCCUUUGUGUCAAUAGCGGCAACAUGCUACAUCGGUUUAGGUAUUGCUCUCGUGUUCACGGUAGGGACAUAUUUUAUACCAGAGUCACCUGUCUUCAAAGUGUUGAAAGGAAGAAAUGACGAAGCUAUCGAAAUCCUGGUACAAUUAGACAGAAGCAACGACAUUAAAGAUAUAAUGGCAUCAGAAGAUGUAAACAAAACUAUUAACUAUUGGGACAUAAUCAAAGUGAAGACUAACAGGAAAUCUUUACUUAUAUUAAUAGCAUUAUUUAUUUUUCUGAGUAUGAGUGGAUCUGUUACCAUGCUAUUCUACGCGACAUCUAUAUUUGAGAUGGCUAACAUGGAUUUAGAUUCAAAUAUAUCUACUAUCAUAAUUGGAGUGACUCUGCUGGCCUCGAGUUGUUUAUCGCCUUUACUCGUAGAGAGAGUGGGAAGAAGAUUUUUACUAACUGCCUCAAGCGCGUUAAGUUCAGUUUUUCUGGCGCUCUUGGGACUCUACUUUUUCUUAGAGAAUGGAAAUUAUCCGGUGGUAGAGAAUAUAAAAUGGUUGCCUCUCCUUUCUAUGAUGGGAUUUUUUAUUGUUUUUAAUAGUGGUUUUGCUAUCAUACCAUCAGCACUCACAAGCGAGCUGUUUGCAUCAGACAUGAGGAGCUUAGGAUCUGCUAUAACACUCUCUUUCAACUGGUUCUUCGGAUUUCUCACAUCAAUGACGUUUGGCUUCAUGGUAUCAGCUCUCGGAGGGCACGCCAUCUUCUGGAUGUAUUCUGGUAUAUGUGCAGCUGCAUUUGUGUUCUCUCUGAUCUUCGUACCUGAAACCAAAGGGAAGAGUUUCGUUGAAAUACAAAAUAUGCUGAGUAAAUAAAUCUGAAUAAUAAUU